AUGUCUCUGCAUUUUACUAGCAUACAGCAGCUCGAGCUUCUCCUCGAUUUGUCGAAAACCAAAAUACCUUUCUCCUCGAAUAUGGAACAAACCGGGGCAAUUUCUGGAUUGGAAUGGAACAACUUCAUGAGUGGAAUUUGUUCGGAUGAGGCUGAGUUCAUGGCCCAAUUGAUUAAUAACUAUUCGGUCCCGAACGAGGUACCGAGCGAUAAUCCUUCUAACUUUUCUAACUUUUGGCCUGAUCAUCAUGCAUCGAAUGAUGAUGAUGGCAUUUAUCGUGAAAGAUCAAUGUGCCACUCGCUGGACGAGACGAAUGCAAGUGUGUUUUUCCCAUUGCCGUCGAGUCGCGAAGGCUACUAUCACGACAGUUUUAUGAGUGACAGUGUGGAGUCGAACGAGAAUGUUCCGGAAGGUUUUCCUGGGAAUAAUUUGCUGUUUGGAGAAGUUCUUAUCUUCCCGAAUAUGCCAGAAACAUCGAGGGAAGAUACGGUAGGCACCCAGCCUGGGUCGAAGAAAAGAUCGCGACCCUCUGGAGAAAAGUGUGUUAAUGUUGAUUAUGAUGAUAAUGACUUUGAUAACAAUAACAACAACAACAACAACGUGAAGGUUCAGAGGCAGAGCUCGAGUAGCUGCUGCUCGGAAGAUGAUUCGAGUGCCUCCCAAAAAGUCAACGAAGUUUCGGUGGGGUCAAAGGGCAAAACACGUGCCGGUAGGGGCUCUGCAACUGAUCCCCAGAGCCUUUAUGCAAGGAAAAGGAGAGAGAGAAUAAACGAGAGGUUGCGAAUCUUGCAGAAACUUGUCCCAAACGGAACGAAGGUUGAUAUCAGCACAAUGCUUGAAGAGGCUGUACAGUAUGUCAAGUUCUUGCAAGUUCAGAUUAAGCUGUUGAGCUGUGAUGACACGUGGAUGUAUGCUCCAAUUGCCUACAAUGGAAUGAACAUAGGGCUUGAUAGCCUUGAUUUAAAAAUCUCCACUCCAAAGACACAACAAUCCUCAUGA